AGGCAUACAAACCGGCUUGCGACUUCUCUCUCAUUGGCGUCGUCGCUGGCUCGCUGCCUGACUCUCAUCGUCAGUUCGUCACCACCCUCCUUUUUCCUUGUAGCGACGGCUCCUUUUUCCUGGUAGCGACCGAACUGCGCUAGCGAUCCCGUUUUCCCACGCCGCCGUCGCCUCCAACCAGGUUGGUUUGGUAGCCGCCACCUCCCUCCGGAUCCGUCCACCACAAUCUUUUUGGUUUCGCUCCUUCCGCCGUCGGGUGUGAUCCAUGGAGAACGGCGGCGGCGUCAGGGAAGGGCGCCCGGAGCAUCGGGCGGGCGAGAACGGCGGAGUCGCCGCGGAGGAGGAAUCCGUCUUGAAGGCAGCCACUUUGGCGGGUGAGGGCAAUUGUGUUGUGGCGGUGGAGGUCUGGGAUGAGGGGGACGUGCCGCUGGGGCAGGAUGGUGGCGGAGAUGAGGCUGGGGAAGAAAACCGGGGCCCCGGAGAAGGUGCAGUGGAGUCUGCGGUGGUGACGGGCGAUCACCAGCCAUUGGUGACGCCGAACACCAGAGUGGCCGGACAGCGUGGGGCAGAGAAGUGGGACGAGGACGACACUCCCAGUUUCGUAGAUGUGGAGGAAAGUUUUGCUGAUGAUGUGAAUCAAGACCAUGUGAAUGAGAAUGUCAUGGGGCAAUCUUUCAGGGAGUACAUGGUCACAUCUGUUUUGGCUGAUCGUGAAAAGGAGAGGUUAGACAACGACCACAAUUUUUUUUCAAAUCCUGGUGACAAGGCUGAGGUCGCUGCACAUUCUGGGAGCGAGUAUGAAGAUGUAAAAGGUGGUACUUUGGCGCAUCAAAGCAAAAAUCAUCCAGGGAAGAGCACAGAAGAGAUUGCUUCCUCUCAUAGCAGGCCAGAGUUGGUCACAAAUUCUGCAGCUGAGCCUGCUGUUGUAAUUGAGGAGUUGGAUGACUCAAGCUCCUCAGAUGAUGAGAAUACUGCGACCUCUGCUCCCCCUGCACAAUCCUCAAGUGGGAGUUCUACAUCUGCACAACCCAGCAGUGCUGCUUCUGCUCGUUCUACUAAUGGUCCCUCUCUGAUAUCUCGUCCUGCUGGCCUUGGAUCAUCCUCUUCCCUAUCGCAGCCUCCUGCCCGUUCUGUUCAACAGGUCCGUGCCAGCAGGCCAGCCGCUGUGGAUAAGGGAACCCAGGAGGCUACUGAGUCUGCCGAGGAUGAUAGAGAUGAGAAUGAUGAUAUCCAUGAAAAACUUCAAAUGAUCCGGGUUAAGUUUCUUCGCCUCGCUGGCAGGUUGGGGCAAACAUCUCAUAACAUGGUCGUUUCACAGGUUCUGUACCGGCUUGGGCUGGCAGAACAACUUAGAAGAACUGCUAAUGGGACGUUUAGCAUUGACCGUGCGAGAGAGAUGGCAGAACGUCUUGAAGCUGCUGGAAAUGAGCCCCUUGAUUUUUCAUGCACCAUUUUGGUUCUUGGUAAAACUGGGGUCGGUAAGAGUGCUACCAUUAAUUCAAUUUUUGAUGAUAUCAGGUUGGAUACAAAUGCCUUUGAUUCUAGUACUAUGAAGGUUCAAGUAGUUGGUACGGUUGAGGGAAUCAAAGUAAAAGUCAUCGAUACUCCUGGACUUUCCUGUUCAUCUUUUGAACAACACCACAACCAGAAGGUUCUCAACUCUGUCAAGAGACUUAUUAGCAGAAACCCUCCGGAUAUUGUUCUUUAUUUUGAUAGGUUGGAUAUGCAGAGCAGGGACAACGGUGAUGUCCCUCUGCUGCAAACUAUCACGAAAGUGUUCGGAGCAUCGGUUUGGUUUAAUGCCAUUGUCGUGUUAACUCAUGCUGCGUCUGCACCACCAGAUGGGCAGAAUGGAAUUCCUCUGAGCUAUGAGAUGUUUGUCACCCAGAGAUCUCACGUAGUGCAACAAGCUAUAAGGCAAGCUGCUGGUGAUGGACGUCUUAUGAAUCCGGUAUCCCUAGUGGAAAACCACUCAGCAUGCAGGACAAAUAGAGCUGGCCAGAGGGUAUUGCCAAAUGGACAAGUCUGGAAGCCACAGCUAUUGCUGCUUUGUUUUGCUUCAAAGGUGUUAGCAGAAGCCAAUGUGCUUCUCAAGUUGCAGGAUAGUCCCAUUGGUAAACUUUCUCAUACAAGGAUUCCUCCAUUGCCUUUCCUCCUCUCUUCCCUUCUUCAGUCUCGUGCCCCACUGAAGUUACCAGAGGAGCAAUUUGGUGGUGAUGAUGAUGAUCUUGAAGACGAUUUGGCAGACGAUUCUGAUUCAGAUGAUGGUUCGGAUUGUGAUGAUUUACCUCCAUUUAAGCGUCUCACAAAAGCUCAGCUUGCCAAGCUGAACAAUGAGCAGAGGAAGGCCUACCUUGAGGAGCUAGAUUACAGAGAGAAGUUGUUCUACCGAAAACAGCUGAAAGAGGAAAGCAAGCACCGUAAAUUGAUGAAGAAAAUGGCAGCAGAAGCCAGUGCUCGAGGAACUGAUUUCAGCAACAGCAACCUAGAAGAUGAUUCUAAUACUCCAACUAAUGUUUCUGUGCCCAUGCCUGACAUGGUACUACCCUCAUCUUUUGAUUCUGACUAUCCUACCCAUCGCUAUCGUUUUCUGGAUACACCAAGUGAAUGGCUUAUCAGACCUGUAUUGGAAACCCAGGGCUGGGACCAUGAUGUUGGUUAUGAGGGACUUAAUGUUGAAAGGUUGUUUGCUGUAAAAGGUAAAGUUCCUCUAUCCGUGUCUGGCCAGCUUACAAAAGACAAGAAGGAUUGCUCCCUGCAAAUGGAGGUUGCAAGUUCAAUUAAGCAUGCUGAGGGUAAGACUACUUCAUUUGGGCUUGAUUUGCAGUCUGUCGGCAAGGAUAUGGCAUACACAAUUCGUGGCGAAUCGAGAUUUAAGAACUUCAGGCGCAACAAUACAGCUGCUGGGAUAUCUGCCACGCUUCUUGGGGACUCAGUAUCAGCUGGUCUGAAGAUUGAGGACAAACUGAUAGUGAACAAGCAGCUCAGGGUCCUGGUUAGCAGUGGGGCCAUGAGUGGGAGGGGAGAUGUGGCCUAUGGAGGCCGCCUCGAAGCAAUAAGGGACAAAAAUUACCCGAUUGGGCGGUUGCUUUCAACUAUCGCGUUGUCUGUUGUGGAUUGGCACGGGGAUCUGGCAAUUGGCUGCAACAUCCAGUCUCAGAUCCCCGCUGGAAGAGCUAGCAACUUGGUUGGCCACGCCAAUCUAAGCAACAAGGGGACUGGCCAAGUCGGGAUUCGUCUGAACAGCUCGGAACAUCUUGAGAUCGCACUCGUUGCGCUCGUGCCGAUAUUUCAGAACAUCAUGAAGCUGUUACAGAAUUACUUAGAAUCCGGCUAGGCCCUCGUGCCGAUAUUCAUUUUUCUCUCAAAAGAGCUGCGCAUCAUGUGCUAUUCUAAAUCGAACUAAAGUCAAACUUUCUAGUGCUUAAGUAUAUUCCAGAACAUCAUGAAGCUGUUACAGAAUUACUCAGAAUCUUUUUCUGUUAGCCUGGGAAAAAAGUGAGCAGGGCAUCAUAGGUUAAAAAAGCUAGCAUAAGUUAUAAUUUUUUUACUUCCAAUUUGUUUUGUUCUUUUGUUGCCAACUUUUUGUAACUAUGCUCUCCCCUAAGCUCUUCUUUUUAGGUGAACUCUGGAGUACUACUCAUCUAUCUAAUGCAAGGGUUUUCCCUGAGCUCUUGCUGACGAAGCUGCAUUGGAGAAUUGACCGUGUCAUUUUGUCCGAUUUCGGGCAUACUAUAUUGCUAUAUUAUACUCGGUAUUAACAUCUGAAUCCUACUGCAUUCUGAUAAAUGUGAUUUUACAGUCAUGAAGGUAAGGGCUAGUUUGUGAACUCCAUUUUCUUAAGGGAUUCCUAUUUUCUAAGGAAAAUUGAACUAAUUUUUCUUUAGAACAUAGAAAUCCCUUGAAAAAAACAGGGUUCCCAGCUACUAGCUCUUACAGAGCAUAAACAAACAACUAGGUCAGUGUCCGUGCGUUACAACGGGAUAUAUAAUAUCUCGAUAACUUAUAUAUGCUCAUAUGUGUUAUAUAAUUAUGAGAUAGAGGAUGACAUAUAUGAGCUGUCCGGGAUGACACCGAAGAGAAACUCGGGCCUGUGACGCAUGGGCACUCACCUAGCAAAAUAUGAAGCCAGAACAGAAACCAGUUUCGGGAAGCCCUGCCAAAGGGACCCUAAGGAAUCAUACGAAGAUUUUGCACAGAAUCAGAUAGUUUAAAGCAAGUAUUAAAGCAAUCUGCAAUGUGACAAACAAUCCAAGGGACUUCUAUUGGUAAGAGGGGUUUGGACGUUUGGUACAAUGGAAAUUACACAACAAUCUCUCCGCUUGCCACAAAAUAUAAAUGUACAUGCUUUCAGAAGACCCAUACAAAGAGACUGGGAAAAAAUGGUGCUUUCAUGCCCACCUCAACUCUUAUGGUAGGAAAAGGGAAAAGUGGAACACUUGGGACAUAUAUAUUUACACGAUGGAGAGAUGGGGAUGAUGCCAGGACAAUGGUACAUCUUAAAAAGAAUAAACUACCUACAUUCUUUCAUUCCUUUUAAGAAAAAAAUUAAUAACAAUGCCAUCAUGUAGACUUCUCCCUUAUUUCCCCCCCUUUUGCAAGUGCAACCAUCAUGUGGCUUGAAUUUACAUGGUACGCCCAUCUUGGAAUAUCAGUACCAAAAUGCCUCUUCUUGAUUAACCCACU